AUGAAACUGCAAACUUUUGAUCUAGGAUUUUAAAAAUUCCGCACCAUUAAACUUCCAAAAAUAAGGCUUUCACCUGUAGUAACAUAAACCAUCAUUCGAAUUCCUGGAUAAACAUGGGAAAUACUUUAUCAAUGUUAACACAAUACGACAUUGAAGAAGUUCAACAACACUGUAACAAUACAUUUUCACAACAAGAGAUCGUUUCGUUAUACCAAAGAUUCUGUCAAUUAGAUCGAAGUGGUAGAGGAUUCAUUUCUUCUGAUGAGUUCUUAUCUAUACCUGAAUUUGCUGUUAAUCCUCUUUCUCAGAGAUUGUUAAAGAUAAUAAAUGGUUUAAAUUUUAAAGAAUUUGUAUCUUUCUUAUCAACUUUUAGUUCUGGUUCUACUCAGGAACAUAAAAUUGAGUUCAUUUUCAAGAUUUAUGAUUUGAAUUGUAAUGGAAAAGUUACUUUCAAUGAUAUAAUGAAUAUAUUGCGUGAUUUGACUGGAACAUACAUCUCUGAGCAACAAAGACAGCAAGUUCUGACCCAGCUUCUCAAGGAAGCUGGCUAUACAGAGGAUUCUGUAUUUGUUUUGGAGGAUUUUGUGAAGAUUCUUUCUAGCUCUGGCUUGAAAAUGGAGGUUGAAGUUCCAGUUGAUUAGGAGAUUAGUAAGAUUUUAUCACCGCACCUUCUUGCUAGGGAUGUG